UGACCCUCUAAUAAAUCACUGCCCCACCUUUCAUAUCAAUCACAUCAUCUCCCCCAACUCUCUCUGUCUCAUUCUCAGUCUCAGUCUUAGUCUCAUGGUUUGCUUUGCUCUCUCUCUUUCUCUACUCUUCUUUCUAAAACCACCCAAAGCAACACCUACUACCACCACCAUAACUCUCCUCCACAAUGUUUUUCACUUUCAUUUCUUUGUUUUCUCUCUUUCUUUUAAUUUCUGUUCAAUCUGCUCAUGCAACAAAUAAUGGGAUGCUUCCUUCAGAAUCUGAAACCCUUUUCAAGAUUAUGGAUUCUAUGUCCUCUGAUCAGUCUUGGAGAGUCUCUUCCCCUGACCCAUGUAAGCCUGGUUCUAGUUGGCCUGGGAUUGAAUGCAGAUUAGGGUUAGAUAAUCAUUUCCAUGUCUCUAGGCUUGAUUUUGGUACUCAUCCAAACCCAACAUGUAAACCCACUGCUAAAUUUCCCAAUCAAAUAUUUUCUCUUCCUUUUCUUCAAUCUGUUUUUUUCUUAAACUGCUUCACUCACACAAAAACUUCUCUCUCUGUUCCACUAAAUAUUAAACUUUCUAAUUCUUCUCUGCAACAACUCAGCCUUAGAUCAAAUUCUGCUCUUGUUGGUCCAAUCCCAUCUCAAUUUUCCUUUUUAAAGUCCUUUCAAGUCCUUACAUUGUCACAAAAUCAACUUUCUGGGUCUAUUCCUGUUGGAAUUUUCAGCUUGGGAUCUUUAGUACAUCUUGAUUUGAGUUAUAAUAUGCUUACAGGUACUAUACCGUUUGAAUUGGGCAACCUUAAAAACCUUGUGGUUCUUGAUUUAAGCUAUAAUGCACUUACUGGUGUAGUUCCAACCUCAAUUGGUCAAUUGGGUGUGCUUCAAAAACUUGAUUUGAGUUCAAAUUCCCUAAUGGGUCAUAUUCCUGAUAGCAUCGAGAAACUUAGUUCAUUGGCUUUCAUUGCUUUAAGUAACAACAAACUUAACGGUAAUCUUCCAACAGGAUUGUCAAAGUUACAAAAUUUGCAGUAUUUUAUCAUGGAUGACAAUCCAAUGAAUAUUCCUUUGCCAGUAGAAUUUGGUAAGUUAGUGAAACUACAAGAACUGAGGCUAGCCAAUUCUGGGUAUUUAGGCACUAUACCAACAAGCUUUUCACUGUUGAGUAACUUAACCACUUUGUCUCUUCAAAACAACAGAUUGAUAGGUGAAAUUCCGGUUGGUUUUGGCAGUCUCUCUCAUAUAUAUCAUUUGAAUCUUAGCAGAAAUUUGUUGGGUGGAAUUGUGCCUUUCAAUACAAGUUUCUUGAAGAGGUUAGGAAGAAAUUUGGAUCUAAGUGGUAACCCAGGCCUCUGUUUAAGUCCAAAUGAAGCAUAUAACGUCAAGAUUGGAGUUGGAGUUAGUGUAUGUGGUACAAGCAAGAAUGGCUCCUUGAUCAAGAAAUCUCAAGCUUCUCAUGGGUUCUCCAAACCAUUCUUUAUAUUUAGUGGUUUGAUGUUUCUUGGAUUGAAUUACAUAAUUUUUUUAGUAUAAUAUUAAUCUAUUUUCUUUUAAUUAACUUCUCUUGGUUUAAUUUUUAGCUUCUUAGUGUUCGAUCUUGUAAUUCAUGUAAAAAUUAGUAAUGCUAUUUGAUAGAAAUUUGAUAA